CCCUGUCGCAAGGAUAAUUUUAGAUGCGCUGGAAACAUUCGAGUUACUUUUGCUUUGAAGCAAGGAAAGUUCUCCGAGGGAAAUAGCUGAUGUGGACUAAACUAUGAGAAUCCACCACCGUCCUGUUUUUUUUUUUUUUUUUUAUCAACUUUAUCAGCUGUCAAGAGCUUUUGUGGGGGUUUUUCCGGAAAGUCAGCCCAUUUUAUUUUGCAGACUCAGAUCCCACCAGUCAGAAUGCAGCAUUUUGUCUAAUGUGACUGUACUGCCCUGAACAAAUACAACUGAGGCAGCACCUGCUCUGCCAGAAUCUCCCUCUGUCUCUGUCUCACGAGUUGCUUUUCUCUUUUCCCCUCCCUUUAUCCAUUAAGUGAGUGCGUGAGCUACGAUCUGGUUGAAGGAUAUCCAAACCAUUCAUUUUAGCAUGAGCCAGAACCUGUUUGUUUGUGGAGUGAUAUUGGAUUAUAUAUUUUUCUGUAAAUGUGUAUGGUGAUAUUUGCUCCGAUUUUUGCAAUCUUUGCAUUUGCAACAUGUGGCGGAUACUCGGGGGCACUGAAAGUCAGUGUGGACUGUGCCAACAAAUCGGAUAGUAACCUCAACAUCGAGAUAGGAUUUUCAUAUCCUUUCAGGUUGCACCAAGUGUACUUCGAUGCCCCUACUUGUGAGGAGAAGAAGCAGGAGAGGCUUUUUCUGGCAGGAGACUAUUCCUCAUCCGCGGAGUUCUUUGUGACCAUUGCUGUCUUUGCUUUCCUCUACUCACUGGCUGCCACCGUGGUCUACAUCUUCUUUCAGAAUAAGUACCGUGAAAACAACAGAGGGCCCCUGGUUGAUUUCAUUGUGACUGUGGUCUUCUCGUUCCUGUGGCUUGUAGGAUCGUCGGCUUGGGCAAAGGGUCUCUCGGACGUCAAGUUUGCCACGGACCCUGAUGAAGUGCUUUUACUAAUGUCGGCUUGCAAACUGCAAGGCAACAAAUGCUUACCUGUCCGAGACCCAGCAAUGUCAGGAUUAAACACCUCUGUUGUGUUUGGAUUUCUUAACUUCAUCCUGUGGGCUGGCAACAUUUGGUUUGUCUUUAAGGAGACGGGUUGGCACGCAUCAGGCCCACGACACUCCCAAAGCACCAUGGAGAAGCAGCCCGCCCCGACUGGAUUCAACCAACCUUACAGCCAGGGUUCAAGCGAUCAAGAGAGCUUUGGUCAAACUGCCGGAUACAACCAACAGCCUGGCUACGGACAGCAACCAGGCUUUGGCCAACAAGCAUCUUACGGUCAAAUUGGAGGUUACAGCCAGGGUGGCUACAACCAACAGCCUCCUCCAACCUCUUUCACAAAUCAAAUGUAACCCCCCCUCCCCCCAGUGCCAUGUUGGUGUGCUUAUAAUCCCAGACCUCCAUGUGCCAAGUCUUCAGUUAGAGUCCAUUCACAAAAAAUGGCAUUCAUAUCGGUAUUGAGAAAUAUCAGUAGAAAGUGAUGGUGGUUUCAAAUAUCUGUGAAUAAUGGUGUCCAGGUGUUCAAAUAUUAAUAUGGUGAUUUGAGUAUUGAUUGUUACAAUGGGUAAACUCCGCUUUACCAAAUACCUCUGUGGUGAUCGUCACUUUUUUUAAAUGUUGUACUGAAAUGGUGAAACCUGUUAACACGCACAAGCUGUGCUUUGCUUGUUCGCUGUUCAUUCCUGCCGUCUGUGGUAGACUAUCCCAAAGCAAACCGAGGUCAAGUUGAAUGAAUCUAGUUGCAUUUGGGUGAGAAGUUCAUGUUCCCCUUGCUGACUGUUAAAAAUACAUUGCAUUGUACUUAAAAAUAGCUUAUGCAUGAAAAUUAUUGUACCUUUUCCACUCCGUGGCCUACUUUGAUGUGGUGAUACUUAAAGGCACCUUAUGUGAUGUCAGUAGAACAAAUAUGUUUACAGUAGAAUAAGACUUAUCUUUGUAUGUUCACUUUUAAUGAAUGCAUUUUGUUAAAAAAAGUAAGUCUUUACAUGUUUGAAUUGAAAAUAUAUUUUUGUUUAUUUAUGAGUAAGGAAUUUGUAAAUGUGGUUUUAUCCAGCAUGCAAGCGUGUAUUUGUACUAUCUUCUAAUUCACUGCAGUGGUUAAAAUGACUGCAUCUGACAAUCCUAAACUAUUGAGAACUUUACGAUGGAAAUGGCUUAAUUUUUAUGAAUGAAAGAUACAGCCGACUUCUGCAGCUUGCCACAGUUAGACCAUCUGGUGAAUCCUUGGUGCAGUCAGUUAUGUAACUGCUAGCAAUGUAGUGUCUGUGUUACCACAUUAAUGAAGCAGUGGUUAUAGAAGUACUGGAUUUAUAUAUGUGUGUAGAAGUGUUAAUAUAUUACAUAGAUCUUUUGGCACUAGCUACAGAUAUUAAAGCACAACGCGACUAUUGUUCCUUACUGUCUUUCCAACGUUUAGUUUCUGAGGUAUCGUGCUUAUGUUGAAAGUAGGUGUGUGAAUGUAUUCAACGUAAUCUCUAGUGUAUGUGACCAAACCAUUGAUCAAACAAUGUAAAUCAGUUGGCAAACCUCUAUAAUCAGUUGCAUGAUUUACACAGGACAAUCUUAAUGAUCCGCACGUCCUAGCGAUAUGUGUCGUGUCGUACCAGAUCCUAAUGGACCAUAUUUACAGUCAAAACAAUCGUGAAGUUCCUCGUGUGUAAGACGGAACUGCAGAUGCUGGUUUACUCCGAAGCUAGACACAAAAUGCUGGAGUGACUCAGCGGGCCAGGCAGUAUCUCUGGAGAAAAGGAAUAGGUGACGUUUCAGGUCGAUGAAGAAUCUCAACCUAUUCCUUUCUCCGGAGAUGCUGCCUGACCCAUUCAGUUACCCCGUCCGGCAUGUUGUGUCUAUCAUCCGUGGAGUUCGCAAUGGUGCUCAAAAUUAUCUACACAAGAACGACACAGCAGCUAUAGAUGAGGGGCAACGUUACAAUGGGGAACAAACUGUUUCAAACUGAAAUGUAGCACUUUGAGUUUCGCCCGGCACAAACAGCACACAUUUACACUGUGUUACACAUUGUAGCCAUGCUGUAUUUUACACAAGCUAAACUUGCUGUCAGGAUUCACAUCACAUCUACAUGGAUAGGACAGGUUUGGAGGGAUAUGGACCAAACGCGGGGUAGGUGGGACUAGUGUAGCUGGGACAUAUGUGGGAAAGUUGGGCCUG